AUGAAGGCUUGCAGGACAGCUACACGCAACGCCGGCGCGUCUCUUACAGCUCAGAGAUGCGCCGCCGUGGCCCGCCGCCAUGCCAGCUCUGGCCCCCGCCGUCCCGGUGAGAAGUCGGGCCUGGGCAAGGCAACUGCUUUGCUUCUCACUGCAGGAGCCGCGGGUAGUCUGUACUACGCCGACGAUCACUUCAACGGGCCCCUGAAGCAAUACUUCAGCCCCGAAGCAGACAAGGAUGCUGAGCUGCACAAGCCAAAGUACCAAAAGGCCGAAAUCGAGUUCGAGAAGGAAAGGAAGGCUGCACUGUCAAAAGAGGAGAACCGUGAUCUUAUCAGCUCUCAGCAUCUUCAGGUCAAACAGAGCUGGGAAAACCCUGGGGUCUACGCUUGGGGUUCCAAUGUGGGCAAGGUGAUCGAUCCCAACUCCAAGGAGACUGUCGUCAAGCUUCCGAGACGGAUCAAGUAUUUCGAUGGCCAGCUGUUGAGGGACAUCAAGUUAUGCCAAGAUUUUGGUGCGGCCGUCACGGAGAAGGGCAACCUUGUGCAAUGGGGCCUGGGUUUCUCAAACACGGACCCGUCGCCUGUCGAGACGCUCAAGGGCAAGGAUAUUUCCAAGAUUACCAUCUCCAACGACCGCAUCAUCGCACUCUCGUCCAACGGAUCGGUGUACUCGGUCCCGGCGUCACAGAGCGGCUUGGUGUCAGGCUCAAAGUCGCUGCAACAGCCGCAACAGUCCUCGUCGUCCUGGAUCCCCUUUUGGAGCUCGGUUGGACCAGAGUCGGUCAGGUUCAGAGACCUGACGCCCAAGAACCUAGGCUGGGGCGAGAAGGUCACCGACAUCAGCAGUGGCCUGCAGCACAGCCUGCUGCUGACCUCCAAGGGGCGCGUCUUCUCCGCCGCCGCCAGCACGGUCGAGUUCCCUUCCAAGGGCCAGAUGGGCGUCCCGGGCCUCAGCUGGACCUCGCGUCCGGCCGGGCCGUACGACCAGCCCCAUGAGAUCACCGGUCUGUCGGGCUUUAACGUCGCCAAGAUUGCCGCCGGCGACUUCCACUCGGCUGCUCUGACUAAGGACGGCAAGCUCUUCACCUUUGGCGAUAACACAUACGGCCAGCUCGGGCUGCCAGCGGAGCUGAUGUACCAAAAGGUUGACGCGCCGGCUCUCCUGCCCACCGCUAAGCUCUAUGCCAACACCGGCCUCAUUCCUAAGAUCACGACCAUCGCCGCUGGGGGAAAUAACACCUUUUUCACCGUGGACGCGACGGAGGCUAACAGCGAGGACGCUGGUGGGGACCUCGCGCCGGCGCGCCGCAUGCCCAAGGUCACGGCAGAUCUCUGGGCGUGCGGCCAAGGCGUCUACGGCGCCCUCGGCACGGGCAAGUGGACGCACGUGACGGCUGGGCCGGUCAAGGUCAAGGCGCUGUCGUCGCUCUUCGAGUUCGACGAGAAGAACAACUGCAUGGCGCCGAUACGGUUGUCCCACGUCUCGGUGGGGAGCACGCACGCGUCGGCGACCAUGGACAACGUCACGCGAACGGGGGCCACGACGAGCACCUCGGAUCACGACACUAAUUGGGGCGCUGACGUGCUCUUCUGGGGCGGCAACGAACAUUACCAGCUUGGCACGGGCAAGCGCAACAACCUGAACACGCCGAGCUACAUCGGCACGUUGGACGGGGGCGCUGGCGACGCGCUCUUGGGCCGGGCGGGCGAGGUGCACCGGUUCCAGCUCACGCCCCGGCAGACGGUCCGGCUGGGCAAGGACGGCAAGGGCAGGAAGGUCACUCUGGAACAGAAGGUGGAGUGCGGACGGUUCGUGACGGCGGCUUACUCGGCGGUUUAG